AUGAGUUUCCAUUAGAUCAAUAAAAUUAUAGAGAAAUUACAAAGUUGCAGUUUGGAUGUUCAAUAGAGUGCAAUUCGAAAUUUGAUAUCGAAAAUCUAAUGUGGGUUGGUUGGGUUGAAUGAACUAUGUGACAAGAAUCCAACAAUCGGUUGUAUACUCUUUAAAUGGAUCGUUAAUCAGUGUAUUAACACCUAAUUAUAGUUGAUUAAUCAAGUGAUUGAUUUGAUCAAGGAUCUUUCUAAGCAUCAUUUAGUUAAACAAAAUUUGAAAUCAGACAUACAAAUAAUUUGUGAGUUUAGGAAUAAAUUGUUACAAUACAAUUUGCAUAACAAUAGUUUGGAUCUAUUGAUUCAAAAUGUAAUGGAAGGAGAAUCAAUUCAACCAAUUCAAAAUCCUGAUAAAAUGAACCAGGUAGUGAAGAAUUAAUUUGACGAUUAAAUUAAAAUUCUUGUUAAACCAGAUCAUAAGACAAUAGAAUAUGAAUACUUCCCAUUUGUCAAAUUAACUGAACAAGAUGAGAAGUUCCUUUUUGAUAUCAGUGUCUAGUUGAAAUUUGGGAAUAAUUAAACCAUUUUAUUUACAAUCAAGGAAUAACUAUGGAGAGCAUUAAAAGACUUCCCGAUUGAAGUCUUUCGUUCAAGAUAGGAAAUCAUCGAAGAAGUCCUGAUUCUAUGCAAUUCAUAAAAAGAUGAGAAUAUUAUAUAUUACUCGUUGAUUGCCCUUCAAAAAUUCAUAACUAAUCUAACCACUAGAUUUAGUAAGAAUUAAUCAGAAUAGAAUUAUAACAAGAAUCAAGAGGCUUACGUUAAGGAUAAUAGAGAUCACAUAGUAUAUUCAUAUCCAACUUUGGACCCCUCAGCAGGGUAGCAGAAAAUGGAGAUCAAUCAAAAAACCUUGAAGGGUUAAAUUGAUUUGAUAAGCAAAUAGAUAUUGCGUAAUUUAACGAAGUUCAUGGGGAGAAGAAUCAACAUCCUUUUCUUGAUUGUGAAGUUAUUAAAGAAAGUCAGUUAGAUAAAUUAGGAUGCAGCAUAAGAUUCAGUCUUAACCUUAAUAAAUGAAUUAACACAGAUAUUUGAUACAAAUGAUGAAUCCCUGCAUUAAUAAUAAUUAAUCCCUUUAUAUUACAUUUCAUUUGAACUAUUGACCUUAUUGCCUGAAGAUUUCAAGAUGCAGAGCAUACCAAGAUUUUGCUCAUACUUAUUAGAGGCUCAAUAUGCUAAUCUAUUUAGCAGUCAAUAGAUGGAAUACCUAUUUACUAAAACAAAUGCGCUCUGUCCAAAUUUAGUUUAAGGGAAAUAGCAUCAAUAAAUAGCUUUGUAAACUUUGGAGUUACUCUUUUCUAAUCAUUAUACUACCCAACAUAUGAAUAAGACUGCAUGCGAAGGAUAUGUGAAGUAAUUAGAAGAUUCCCAUUACAUUCUCAGUCUCUAAUUCACAACUAAUUAAAAAUCAUUUAGAGUACCAAAAUAGUCAGUAUCAAUUGAGGAGUUGUCGGUUUUGGAGACAAAUAUCAUUUCACAAAAAUAGAGUAUCCCUUAGAAAUUGGUUUACUUAGAUUAGUUAAUUGCAAUUCUGAUUUAUUACUCUAAACAAUAGAAGGAAUUCUUAAGUUAGGUGUAAGUUAAGGAAAGUCUAUUUAAGUCAUACAUGACAGAUUUGUUGACAAAUGUAUAGAAAUAUUCAAAGGAAAAGUUUGAAAGCUUUAAGAAUGAACACAAUUAUAAGAUAAAAGGGGAAUUAUAGUAAUUGUUGUGCAAGUUUCUUGAUCUCUCUGCAGUCAGUUUAUAGAUCUUAAUGCAAAACUAAUUUGAUAUGGCAAUCUACUUAUUACAACAAACAAAGGAGAAACAAUCCUAAUUGUCUGCAUUUAGAUACCUUAUUGUUGCUGUUCUACAAGAGGAAUUGUCUAGCAAGGAUCACUUUUACUCAUUGUCAAAAUUAAUAUUCGAUUAUAAAGGUAAAUCAGAUUAAUUCUGGGACAAUAAUAUACCUUUGUAGAACAGAGUUACUCAUUUUUUACAAUGUUUCUUGUAAUUAGUUUUGGAAGGUUUGAAUUAUCAGAAUUACAAAUAGCAAUAAAUCUACAUCAAAAAUUCAGGAGACUUCAUCUAAAGUUUAGAUCUGUUGUUGGCAUUGAAAGCAAAUGAAGUUGAUAUAUCUUAUGACAAUUGUAUUUUGGAUGAGUUGAAGUAAUUAAUGUCAAGCACUCUGUUUCUCUCUUCAGGAAAGACAUAUGUGUUGAAUUUGAUAUCCACAUUCAAUGAAACCAAAUCAUUUUGGCUACCUCUCCUGAGUUAUGUUCAUCAGUGUUUCUUAGAAAAUGUUGGAGAAGAGUAGGUGGAGUAUUUAAACCUUUACAUCCAAUUGUUGAGUGUUGUGAAAUAGCAUUCUGAAGUGGGCAAAUAUAUUGUGAAAUAUCAAAGCAAGUACCCAUUCAAUAUCAAAGUAUCUUACUAUGUAUUGAAAUUGUUGAAGAACAACUUGUUAGAUCUUCAACCAGAUCUACUAAAAUACUUACAGUCAAACAUCUUUCAGUAUUACAAUCAUCUAAAUUUUGAGAAUUCAAACUGUUUGAUCAAAUUACUCAAGUUAUCAAGAUAAUUCAAUUUAUUCUAAUCAUUAGAACCACUUGACUAGUAAAUUCUAUUUUCAAGAUUAAUUCAAUUGACUAAGUCUCACUUGUAAAUUAUUCGUUUCUUAUCACUCAACAUUUUGUCAUUAAAUUUAAAAUAACUGAAUGCAGAUCAAAUCAAUAGAAUAGAAGACUAAAUGGUCGAUGACUUGUACCAAAGUAAUGAAUCCCAAUAUAUCUACUCUUAAUCGAUAACUAUCAUUCUCAAACUCAAACCCUUGAAGAAACUCACAAGAGUGAUUUCAUACACUGAAAAUAGAUUAAAAUCGGAUAUCGCAUCCAUUUGUAAAGCUGGACUAUUAAGACUUGUUUAUCUGUGUUUGUAAUAUCAUAAGGAUGAGGCUAUCUAAUAAAUGUACAACCUAUAAAUAGAUCAUCAAUGUGCUUAAUUCUUAGUCAAAUUCAAAAAUGUCGAUCAAUUAUUUUUAACUCUUCAUGCUGCUGAAAUCCUUAAUGUCCUAAUGAGACAAUCUGUAUCUAAGGCACUCUCCAUUUUGUAAUCUUAUAACUUAGUUGAGACUGCUAUUCACUCGAUUCAUAAAUUAAGAAAGUACUUGAAUUGCAAUCAACCCAAUCUAAUUGCUGGUAUUUUACUAUAACUCAGUUUGUUAUUGUAAUUUGCCACUCACUACCAUAAAGAUUAUGUGGAAUUCGAGUAUAACAAAGCUAAACAAACCAAGCCAAAAUGGAACAUUGUGUCGGUUAUCAGUUUGGCCCUUCAAAAUGAUAAUUUCAGCAUUGAUAAUAAGAUUGGAAUAGCAAAAAUACUUUAAUGCAUUUAUUAGAUUGAAUUUACCAAAAGCAUAAAUGAUGAUCUCAUCUAUUCAUUAACCUCCAUUUUCAGACCACUCCAAUUAAGUGAUUCCCCCAAUGAGGAAGACCAAUCUGAUCUGCAAUAUCAGUCUAUCAUCUAAAUAUUAAGUGCCAUAGUUUCUGUGAGCAAUAGUGCUAAACUCAUUCUCUGUAAAACAGGAGUGGCCAAAACUAUAGCACUCUACGUAGUCAAGGAAUUGGAGAAGGUGAUCAACAAAACCCAAUAGAAACCUUAAAAAAUGUAAUCAUCCUAAGUUAAGAAUUUGAAUACCUCUAAUGUCUCAUUUGCUCAAUAGAAUUAACUCCAACAAUCCCCCAUUUUUAAAGUGCAUGUAGUGUUCUUGAAAUUGCUGUUAAAGUUCUCAGAAGAACAAGAAGAUUAUUCUCUAAACUCAAACUCGUAAUUAGUUGAAGUCAUAGGAUUAUGCAUCGAUGCAAUCUUGAAACUCCUCUUCCUAGGGUUUACCACUAAUAGCUAGAUCUACUUCGAAUUGAUGAAUGAUAUCCUAAUCAAUUUGGGUAGCAAUCAAUUGUGGCAGUCACAUCUGAGUUAGCAAUUGAGUGAAUAGAAGUGGCUGUUAUUGGUGGAACUCAAAAAGCACAUUUGCAAAGAUCAAUUGACCUUAUUCCAGAAUGAAGUGUUACUGAAAGCCUUAGGAAUUUUGGGUUAAAAUUCAGACGUUAGACAAGUGUACAUCAGAAUGAAGAUCAUUGAAGAAAUCUAAGAGAAAUUAAAUAAAGUUUGGAGCGAUAAGAGGAAAUGGCAAACCAAUACAUAAUUCAACGCAUUGAUUGUGCAGUUUAUGUUGAGUCUCUCAUUCUACAAAGAAACACAAUUGAGAAUCCUAGCAAAUAAUUAGUUUGUCAAUAUAUUGCAAGAGAUCUUAGUUGAUAAUGACAUCCAAUAACCAAUAUGCCAAGACAUUCUGCUUAUUUAUAGCAAUUGUUCAUUGAAUGGGAAACUGAAAAAAAUGAUCAUAAAUAAUCAACAGCUCUCCUGUUUGGUCAUGAACACCAUAUCUGAGACCACCUUAGGAGCCGAUCUCAGAUACAGAGCUUCAUAAUUCUUACUGAAUUUGAUGUAUAAGUGUACUCAAGCCGUUUGUGUAUUCAACAAAUCACAAGUGUUUGAUUGCUUCGAGAUGUCAAUGAAGGAUAGUUAGAGGUAAAUUGAUAAGAUUCAGUUAACCCAAAAUGACAAUAAUUAAUUAAUCAGCAAAUAGGAAGACAACAACAAUAAGAUAAGACAUCUACAGAAAUUCUUGAAUAAUGUGAAUUAAUUACUUAAAAUCCUGAAAAUAGAAUGGUGA